AUGAGCUGCGCCGCGGCUCGGCGCGCUUUGCCGGCUAUCUCGAACUCUAUCCGAAGCGCCACCCGGCCGCGUUUAACGACACCUCAGACGACAACUCUUAGGACAGUCUCGCGACGAUGGUACGCUGUCGAUCUUACUACCUUGGACGAGAAGUGGCGAAAGAUAUGGGAGGAGUCCGAAAAGGCUGAGGAUGUUGCUCAAGUCAAGGACAAGCACUAUGUCCUGCCCAUGUUCCCGUACCCCUCCGGGACACUCCACCUGGGUCACCUGCGUGUGUACACCAUUGCCGAUGUUGUCGCUCGAUUUCGAACGAUGAAAGGUGAUAAGGUGAUGCUGCCAAUGGGUUGGGAUGCUUUCGGCCUUCCUGCUGAGAAUGCCGCCCUCGAACGAGGCAUUGCUCCGGGAACUUGGACAACGAGCAACAUGGCCAAGAUGAAGGAGCAAUUAGAGGUCAUGAAUGGAAGCUGGGACUGGGAUCGUGAACUGGCAACUUGCGACCCCAAGUUUUACAAACAUACCCAGAAGCUCUUCCUAAUGCUAUACGGACGAGGACUUGCCUACCAGGCCGAAGCUGAGGUCAAUUGGGACCCUGUUGAUAAGACCGUGCUGGCGAAUGAGCAGGUGGAUGCCAAUGGCUGCUCAUGGAGAUCCGGUGCCAAGGUCGAGAAGAGAAAACUAAAGCAGUGGUUCUUUCGUAUCUCCGAGUUCCGCGAAGCCCUCCUCGAGGAGUUGGAUGCUCUCGCCAAAGAAAACGCUUGGCCAGAACGAGUUCUGGCUCAGCAAAAGAACUGGUUGGGUAAAUCGAUGGGCGCUUCUGUCAAGUUCCCGGUCUUGGACCUUGGUUAUGACAUCCACGCUGCUAUCGAAGUCUUUACGACUCGCCCCGAUACUCUGUUUGGCGUGCAAUACAUAGCUCUUGCGGCCAGUCAUCCAAUUGUUGCUCAGCUCUCAAAGGCAGACCCUGAGCUACAGGCCUUCCUCGACAUCAUACCUGGACUGCCCCCAGACUCCAAAGUUGGCUAUCUGUUGCCUCAUCUACGGGCUGUUAACCCUCUUGCCUACCGCGAGGAUACUCCAGCCGCGACCAAAGUCUCGCUUCCAGUCUAUGUCGCUCCCUAUGUUCUGGGUGACUAUGGUGAGGGCGCUGUUAUGGGCGUCCCUGGCCAUGACCUACGAGAUCAUGCCUUCUGGAAGGAGCAUCAUUAUGACCAACCUGUCCGCCAUGUCCUCUGUGCCUCAGAGGACGAGACAACGACAGCCAUGAAAAACGAGCCUUUUGUUGACCAUGGAAUCAUGACAGAACAUAGCGGCUCCUUUAAGGGGAAGCAUUCCGCUGCUGCUGGAGAGGAAAUCGUCAAGUUUUUGGAAGAAAAAACAGGGCUCGCAAAACCCGUUGAGAAAUGGCGUCUGCGAGACUGGCUCAUCAGUCGCCAGCGCUACUGGGGCACGCCAAUCCCCAUUGUUCACUGUGACUCCUGUGGCCCUGUGGCUGUCCCUGACGAGCAGCUUCCUGUGGAACUACCUGAAGUUGACUGGGCUUCGUUCCGCAGUGGAAAUCCUUUGGAGGCGACUCCUGAGUUUGUCAACACGACGUGUCCCAAGUGUGACGGCCCUGGUCGGAGAGACACCGACACCAUGGACACGUUUGUGGACUCGAGCUGGUACUACGCCCGUUUCACAGACCCUCACAAUGAAGAGCAGCUAUUGUCUCCCGAAGCUGGCAAGACUCUUCCCGUUGAUACAUAUAUUGGCGGCAUUGAGCAUGCCAUCCUUCAUCUACUGUACGCCCGCUUCAUCUACAAGUUCCUCGCCUCUACACCACUUCUCCCUCAAUACUCUGAGGAGACGUCUCAUACUGCCGAGCCAUUCAAGCGUCUGAUCACACAAGGUAUGGUCCACGGCAAGACUUAUAUCGACCCUGCAAAUGGUCGCUUCCUCAAACCUGAUGAGGUCGACCUGUCAGACCCAGCCCAGCCCAAGGUGGUCUCUUCUGGGCAGCUGGCCAACAUAUCGUAUGAGAAGAUGUCCAAGUCCAAGCACAACGGCGUGGACCCUGUUGGCUUCAUCUCUCAAUAUGGCGCUGAUGCUACCCGAGCACACAUGCUCUUCCAGGCACCAGUUGGGGAUGUCCUCAACUGGGAUGAGGCCAAGAUCUCGGGUGUCACUCGUUGGCUCCAGCGGUUACACGAUCAGGUCGUGUCCAUCGCUGCUGAGCCUGUCUCAAACACGAUGUCUCCUCAAGAAUACUUGGCUGAUAAGCACGGACGGCUUGGGUCGUUGUCUGCAAAGGAGCUUGCGCAAUGGGAUGCUGAGGCAGCCAUCUGGCGUGAGGUACAGCGCACCAUUGCUUCGGUCACGGCGUCAUAUGAGGAAAUUUACUCUCUCAACACUAUCGUCUCGGAUCUUAUGAUACUCACCAACAAACUUGUCGAGAAUUCAACGGCCAGUCCAGUCAUCCGACGGGAGGCCGCGCGGACAAUUAUUUCCAUGAUGGCGCCUAUCACACCGGCCUUUGCCGAAGAAUGUUGGGCUACCCUUCAUCCCUCCGUGACUACAUCCAUGUUCCGCUCAACCACUUUCCCCGUGCCAGACUCAUCUUUGGCUGAGCUCGUACGGCCACGGGUUCAGGAGUGCGCUGUCCAGGUCAAUGGCAAAGUGCGUGGAGUGGUAAAGAUCCCUCCGCCUCCAGCCGAUCUCUCUGGCGACGCGCUUCGCGACUGGAUGGUGAAGGAGAUUCUCGCGACUGACGAGGGAGCCGCGCGCUUCUCCAAGGGACCGUAUGACCUGCGUUCCGCGAAGAGGGCCAUUCCUGUGAGGGGCGGCAAAACCAUCAAUUUUGUGCUGGGGAAGUAA